CUCGGCCUGAGACGUCGGCGGGAGAGGGGUGGCUCCCCACCUCGCGUCUUCAGCGUCGUCUCGCGUGUUUUGUGUUAAGCUGAUGAGUGUUCAGCAAGGUUUAAGCAACAACAACAAACAACAACAAUAAACAACAACAAACAACGCGCACGCACACGCAUCGACAACACAAUGGCGAGCAAACUGUGGCAACAACCUUAUGUCAACGUCUUCAAACACUUCAAAGUGGACGAGUGGAAAAGAGCGGCGAAAGAGGGAGAUGUAUCCGCAGUGGUGGACAAGACUCUGAAGGCUACCGUGUACCGGAUUACAGGCGCGGUUCCGGCAGCAAAUUAUGUGAAGCUGCCGAGCUCGCCCGCUCACUCGCUCGGGCUUACGGGGCGGUUCCUGUACUUGCUGUUCAAGCCCGUGCCCAACAAGUUCUUCGUAGUGCAUCUUGAUGUGUGCACACAGGAAGGUCUGGUAAUCCGGGUCUCGUUCUCGAAUCUCUUCAAAGAGUUUACAUCCACCAACACCUGGCUACAGUUUCCCUUCCUGUGUGGAGGAGCCAAGGGCUCCGUGCAUGAACGAACUGCAGCCGCCAACAAGCAAGCGGAUGACCGAGGUCCAGCUCCAGGAAACGUUCGGUGGACGUGCCUCAUGCUGGACCUGCACCAUGUCCUGUCCUGCUACCUCAGUCAGUGCUACAGCCACGUCAAGAGCGUCAAGCUGUGCUCCUGCAUGAUGGUGCGCAACAUCUUCACCAGCGACGCCGUCUACCAGCCUGGUCUGACUUUUGCCGAGGCCAAGCUGUCAGGUCUGAUGUCCCAGGGCUUCGUGGCAAUGCCACGGGAAAUGGCCUUUCCCGUCCCCAAAGACUCUAGCUGGCAUGAGUUCUAUGACUAUAUCAGGUUCCCUUCAAAUGGAAAACGCCUUCCCUUUGACUCCAUACAGAAGGGGCAAGCAGGCCCAUCAGAGACAGCUCCUGCGCAAAUGAGUCCAGCGAGGAACGUGCCCAGGACGGUGAACGCCAGCAAAUCUGGCCACGAGCGAGUGUCCAUCAUUCAGCAGACGACGGCGCCAAGGAAGCAACCCAAUAAGUCACGGCUCGUGGUGUUGAGCCUGCCAGAGGUACACCUGAGGACACCAACUGAUGGAAUCUCGCGCGCCCAUGGCGGCGAAAACACCGGCCGAGCAGGCGACGGGGAAGGCUCGCGGGGGGGGAACGACGGACAGAACUCGGGCGUGGACUCAAGUCCGCAUGAAGCCAAAGCCCUCGGUGAUGACGGCGGCAUCCAUGUGUACGCGCACAGAGCGGGCGGCGGUAACAGCCGGCCAGCCGAGAUGCUUUCACGGGAGGUUCCAGAGGCUGUGGACCUAAUCGGGACUCCGGUCAUUAAACACAAGACCCUACAGUCUGAGCCACUACUGAAGUUAAGGAGGGUUGUGGGGUUUGGUGGCGAAACCAACGGAUAUGCUCUGUGGACGCGCAACGGCGCCACGCUCGUGUACCCGUGCCAUGCCGUUAUCGUGGCCCUGGAUGUGGAGACGUCGUCGCAACACUUCCUCACGGGACACUCUGACAAGGUGUCCGCUCUGGCGUUUGAUGGCAACACGGAGAUUUUGGCGUCCGGGCAAAGCGGUCCUCAGGCUAUUGUGCGAAUCUGGAACUUCCAGAAGGGAAGCUGCCUCGCCAUGUUCAAGACGCACGCUCAUUCACUCUUCUCGCUCAGCUUUUCAUGGAGUGGCGAUGUCCUCAGCGGAGUGGGCAGGGACAGUCACGGGAAGACUAUGGUGGUGGUGUGGGACACCUCUGGGGUGACCCACAGGAGAGAUGUCCUCAUCCUCGCCAAGGCACACACGGGUGUGGACGUGCAGACGAUGGUCAUCUCGCCGUUCGACGAAUCUAGGCUCGUGUCGUGCGGGCGCGACAACGUCCGUGUGUGGCGGUUGCAGAACGGCUCCCUGCGAUCAUGCGCUGUUGACCUGGGCGACCUGCACUCCACAGAGGUCACCGAUGUCGCCUUCCAAGAGCGCAGCCCGGCACUUGACGACAAGCGGCUGUUCGCCUGCACCAGAAGUGGCCACAUUCUGGACAUUGACUACAAGCACAACGUCGUGCGGGAAGUCACGCGCCUCCGCCAGCCUCCGAGCCGCUCUCCUCGUGAGCGACUGCCCGACCAAGGCUUUGAGCUGGCCCUGACUCGCUUGGCCGUCUCGCGCUGGUUUUGUGUGACCGGCUCUGAAGACGGCACGGUGAGAGUGUGGUCCCCAGACUUCUCCCGCGUCCUCCUGCAAACUGACCUGGGAGGUGCCGUGUCACUGCUGGGAGUAUCGGCGGACGGACGACACGUGCUGGCUGGCACACGCACGGGCCACCUGGCCCGCCUGGAUGUUGGCGGCCGCAGCUACGCUACGGUGACCAGGUCACCGGUAGGGCCAUUGCUGGACUUCUCCCUGGAUCUCGAGCGUCAGCGGGUGGCAGCAGUGUCCACCAACGGCUCGCUAACAAUCUGGGACCUCGGCACUGGGCAGCAGCUGUACGAGUUCAGCGGUGCAGAGGACAGCGCCUGCACCGUCAGCUGCCACCCACAGCUGGAGAGAUUCGCCUGCGGAUUCAGCAGCGGCUCCGUGCGAGUGUUUGACGUCGUCGGUGCACGCCUCCUGGCACAGCACAGGCAGCACCGAGGAGAGAUCACGGGCCUGGAGUUCUCUCCGAAUGGGGAGCACAUGUACAGCUGCGACGCCAGGGGCUCGUUGGCGCUUUACAGCGCCAUCUGCAAGGAGCACACUCUCGUCAGGCUGCUCAGCGGUGUGGUGGCGCGGGGCACGAGCUACGCCCCCAGCGCCCUGGCCGUGAGCGGCGACGGCGCCCACCUCGCCUUUGUGGGGCCCUCCGAGUUCGCCGUCACCGUGGCCGACGCUCGCUCGCUAUGCGAGCUUCUGCGCGUGGACGUGAGCAUCGUGGACGCGUCCAGCCCCACCCUGGACCAGGCGGAGCGCGUGUGCUUUGGCCCAGCGGGGCAGCUGCUGGUGGCGACCGCCUCUGGCAAAGUGCUGUGGUUUGACGCACGCACUGGACGACUGCUCAAAGAGGUGAGAGACGUGCAGGGUGCAGGCUGCUCUGCCUUGCAGGUGAGUGAGGACGGCGCCAUUGUGGCCAUGGCGAGUGAUGCGACACUCCGGGCCUGGGACCCCGGGAGCGGCCUCGAAGUCCAGGCGUUUGUCGGGCACUCGCAGGAGGUCCGCCGGCUGCGCUUCACAGGCCGUUGCCCGGGCCUCGUCAGUGGGGGCGGCACCAUCUUCAUGUGGGACUUGGCGGGCUACGAGUCGGAGAGCACUGCGAAGACAGGUGGAAGGACUGACCAUCCGUUGCCGAUGUGGUCUCCCGGGGAUCGCGUGGGAUUCGCAAUGGGGGAGAGCGGAGCGCGCGGCGGAGACUCCCAGCCCCACAUGGCCAUUCCCUCCUCGCCCCAUCGCUUGGACAUGACUGGCAUCAGCCCCUUGGCUCACACUGGGGACAGUCCCGGCAGAGUGAGGGAGGGAACCGGCCUGGGCGGCCGUUCCGACCGCGCUGUGGUUAUUGAAGAUAACAUCCCAAGCCGCAGGGAUAUCUCCUCCCUCCUGCAGGCCAGGGAGAAAUGCGAUGACCAAGAAGUGAACAUCAUGGAGAGAGUCACUGAUGUAGAUGAACAUAUGGCUGUCCCCUGUGCCCAACCAAAGUCCUACAGGCACUUUGUUCCUCACUUGAAAACAUCGGCUCCUUCUAAGCGGAGGCGUGGAGCGACAGGCGGGGCGUUGCUGCGAUUGUCCAUGGUCGUGGGAUUCAAUGGCAACGCUCGGGGAAAUGUGAUCUGGAAUCCAGAUUCAGGAUUGUUUGCGUACACGUGCGGUAGCUUGCUGGUGCUGGAGGACCUGCACACGGGUGCGCAGAGACACCUACAGGCCCACACCGAGGAGAUCUCCACGCUCGCCUCAUCCCACGACGCAGAGGUUCUUGCAUCAGCCUCGGGAGGGCGCGGCGACACCGGCAGCCAGAUUUGCGUGUGGGACGCCCGCCGGGGGUCCUGCGAGCGGGUGUUGUCUCGUCACAGGCACGAGGUGCAGGCCAUGGCCUUCUCAGCCGACAACAGCGUCCUCCUGUCCGUGGGGGACUACAGGGAGAUGAUGGUGGUGCUGUGGGACACCAGAACGUACGCCGUCAUUGCCGCGACACGCUCCGUGUUCCCAAUUAACGACGUGUGCCCCGACCCCUCGGCCGCCGGAGCGUUCUUGUGCGUGGGCAGUGGCGCUAUUGCUUUCUGCCGAGCACAGAAUCUCGGAGAGACGGCGGUUCUGCAGCUGAGUGCCGCCCCUCUGCCCAACGGUGCCGGGGCGAGCGAGCUGAGCGCGGCUGUCAUGGGGCCCGACUCGCUGCUCUUCACGGCGUCCGCGUGUGGCCGCGUGGCAGCGUGGGACGCAGACCGCCGGCGCUGUCUCCUCUCGUGGGACGCAGACACGGCAGACAUCGGUGUGCUCUGCUGCCAUGGAAACCGGCUGCUGAGUGGUAGCAGCAGCAAGAGGAUCCGUCUGUGGUGCGUGGAGAGUGUGAGCGCCACGAUGGAGGGCGGCGUGAGAGAGAGCGAGUUCGUGUCCAUGGAGGGGGAGAUGGUGCUGGAUGGCGCCGUGGUGAGCGCCGCCUUCGAUGACGUCAUGGAGAUGGGGAUUGUGGGCACGGCCGCCGGCACGCUGUGGUACAUCAACUGGACGGAGCGCGCCUGCGUGCGGCUCGUCAGCGGCCAUCGCGGCAAGGUGAACGACAUCGCCUUCAGCCCUGAUGGGAGCCAGCUGGUCAGCGGCUCGGAGGACGGGCUGCUGAGGGUGUGGUCCGUGCCCGAGAUGGAGCUGGUCGUGCAGUUCCAGGUUCUGCACCGGAGCUGCACGUGCGUGGCGUGGCGCCCCAGCGGCGCGGCUCCUUCGCAGGUGGCGGCCGGGUUCGGUGACGGGACACUUCGUCUAUUCGGCGUGGCGUCCGCACGGACACUGCACAAACUGCAGCCGCACGGCGCCGCCAUCCGCUGCGUUGCGUUCUCUUCCGACGGCGAGGUGAUGCUGACCGGUGGGGCAGACGGCCGCGUCGCUCUCAACAGCGUGAGCACGGGCCUCACGUUUCGCAUGCUGAGUCAGCACAGCUCCUCGCCGAUCUGCAGCCUGCAGUGCGCGCCCGCACACCAGGGCAGCCCUGAAGGUCGCGACCUGUGGUUGGCCGCCAGUCUGGAUCGGCGCAUCAGUAUCUGGAAAGCCGAUUGGCCUAAAGACGAGUGCAAUCUGGUGGACUGGCUCACCUUCCAGAGUCCAUGUGAGCAGCAGGAAGAGAAGCCGAGCGGGAGACUCCCGCGGUGCAGCGUGCUCAUUUGUCCGAGCGAGCCGACCACUGUGGUGCACACGGGAUUCGACUUGGAGACGGACGUCGUCUUUUACAGCCUGACCCUACGCCAGGUCACACGCCGGAUCCCUGUGCUGGGCCACACAACUUGCCUCAGCCUGGCUCCCAGUGGGGACCACCUGGCUAUCGGCUCCACAGAGAGGGCCCUGAUGCUGACGGCGCCGGAGGGAGGGACGCUGCGGGACGCGGGCACGCACAGCGACGAGCCGCACGUCAUUCGCUUCUCGCCGUCCGGAAGCGUUCUCGGCAGUGCUGCACACAAUGAGAUCUUUGUGUGGAGGCUGCUGCGUUAGGUGGAGUGGGGCCCUUGCUCCCCUUCACUCCCCCGCCCUCCCUCCCUGCGUGCGUCACAGCUGCCGCGGGGCCUGCUCAGUGUCACGCUCUCGGGAAAAGUGCGUGGCAGCGGCGGGGGUGGGGUGGUGGGCGGUUGUCGACCGGUGCGGAGUGGAAGGGGGUUAGAACAACGUGGCCGCUUGCCCAGAUGGAGUUGUGCGCUAGUGGGGAUAUGGGAAUACGUAAAACUGGAGCGAUAUUAAGCUGCAACUAAUAGCUGUGUUUUGUUGGGUCGACUAUGCUUUGCAGCACUGUAAAUCUAAAUGAUACAACAGUGUUCUUUGUGCAUGUGCAUACAUUUAAAUCUGUGGUGGCAGAUUUUUUAAAAAAUCGGUUCUAAAACGGCGUAAGGACUUCCGAGAAAUUCUAUGGAGUGAACGCUUUCCUCUGAUCAAAGCAACUUUUUUUUGUACUGGGUUACUUUCAUCCUACUGGGGAAUACAAAAUGUAACUUUAAAAACCACAGCAGCCACCGAGGGAUAGAAAUAACAGUCACAAGUUUGUUGGUCUUAUUUGAGGUUGCGUUUAAAGCCCUGUAUUUUUGUUAACACAUUUCGUUUUAAAUGAGACCAACUAUUGGUCCUUUUCUACAUGUAUGGGAGUGUCACCAACAGCAAUACGUUACAAAACACACAAAUAUUGAAACAGUCCAUAUUUAUUUUACAUUACAUUUGAGCCUUUUGCAGCAGAGAAGUGUAUGUAUGAGUUGCUAUCGCCCUUGACACUAGCUGCAUAUAAAACCAUUCUACCUUUCUAUGCUGUAGCUGUUUGUAUAGCCCACAAUGCGAGCUAAUGGGCAGAGACUCGGGUGUCUGGAAAUCCACAGACUGGGCCACCUGUUCCAGAGCUUGCAGUGGGUGUCUGUAUAAACCGGUCAUAUUUGAAGGCAAACACUGUGAAGUCCCGAAGCCCAUUAGGACAUCAACAGCGGUCUGUAACCUUCAGAUGUAAAAAAUGCCCUACAACAAAAAACGGGGGGCCAUGUAAGUCCCCGGAAGAUUUGAACACGUCCGAUAUUUACAUUGGAAAUAUUUAUUUUCCUAGGUUUCACUGAAAGGGCGUUGCCCCGUUGACGUCGUGGUGAUUUAUUGUUUCAGCUCGUGGUGUUUUACACGCACAGAAACUACAGUUGGGCACGCGGUGAAUUCACGUCGCUCGCACAUCGCUGAACUUCAAGCUUUCACCACCGUGAACUUUGUUAAGUGGCGGAACAAGACAUCGGGUCGGACGCGAGGGCUUGACCAUAUUUUUAUUUUCAAAAAACGAGAGCAGCUGCCGAGAUCAAAUGUACAUCCGGACUAAGAUUCGCAUCUGACUUUUAUAUUGACUCAUCGAACCAAGUACAAAGACGUGCGUCAUUCUUGAGCAAACAAGUCAGCCUAUAAGUGUAUGAUAGAAUGCCCGUGUUUAUGAUCGUGAGUGCAAAAGUCUGUAAUAAUGAUACAUUUGUCCACAAAAUGUCUGAUGAAAAGUUCGUAAUGCUCCGGCACCAAUCUGGCCCCAGCUGUGAGAUGGAUUUGGCACUAUAUGCUGUAAUGUUUAUUUGGCAAGAUAUAAAUUGUAUUUCUAACUUGGCUGUUUUGUAAUGUUUGCUAUAUUGCAGGCAGAUGUGUUUUACUGUGUAGUGUUAUGUAUGUAACAGUCCAACUGGGCAUUGACCAUGUAAGCCACAUGUUUUACAGAGGAAAUUAUUCAAACAGUACCUUGUUACAAUUAAUGUUUUUUUAUGUGGUUUACCAUUUAGUUUUACAGAUAUGUUUGCAAUAUUUCUGUACAUAAACUUGUGCAAGUAAGGAAA